AUGUUAGAAUUUCCAGAGAAAGGAACAAGCUGGUUGCUCAAGAAGCGAGACCUAGCUGUGUCUUACUGCAUGGAAUCUGAAGAAACUUCAAGAAAAAGAAAGCGUCAAGAAUUAUUAGAAAAUGAGGAGCUCAUCAAAACAUCCGAAGCUUCUUCAUUUGAUCAUCAGAAGAGAAAAAGAUCCAGUGAGGAGUCAACAAAUAGAAAUCAUAAUAAUAUCGAAGAAGGAUAUUAUCACCAACGCAUGAGCCUUAAUCUUGAACUCAACUUGUCACCGUCUCUCAUCGAUCUAAAUCGUCAUGAUCAUGAUCAUGAGGAAGAUGACAUUAGGAAGAAGAAGGGUUCGGUGUUGGGGAGAGAAAGCAUGGCAUGGGUUGCUUUUGACCUCGAUAACAAUGGUUGCGGCAGUAAAGGCGGUGGCGGCGAGGAAGAGAUGGUGGCGAAAGUGUGCAUGAAGUGUCAUAUGUUGGUGAUGUUUUGCAAAGCUUCACCGGUGUGCCCUAAUUGCAAGUUUAUGCAUUCACCUGAAGACACCUCUCUGUCUCUUCUCUUCACUGCUAAGCCUACUUUGCUAGCUUAG